UAUGAGAAAAAGCUUGAGCUGGCUGGUAAGAGAUUCUAAGCCAUCAUUUGAAGACUUUUUAAUGCAGCGUAAAGGACGUUCACACAAGACUGUCUGAACAUACAAACAUCUCUAUCCAUUCACUGGAGAACACAGAAUAUAAGAGUUUGUAUCUUGUCUCCAAACUGAAUUCCCAUGUGGGUGGUAGAGAAAAUCCGAGUGUCGGUGGAAAGGACCAACCUGCCACUUCCAAUAUCGGAAUACAGCUUCAAAAUUGGAGACAUAAUGUUCGGAGACAAGUCUUCCAUCGACAAGGCCAAAAGAAUCUUGAUGUGUCCCAACAUCAUUACUCCAGACACUAUCCCAGAGUUCUGCAUUCCCCCUACGAUCUCAACUUCGCUUGAGGGCAAGAGCGCAGAACAGGGGAGGCCGGCUCCAUGUAUCCGGGUGUCUCCGUGUGAGAAGGGCAGUCCGAAGCGAGAGGUUGCACGAGAGAUUCCUAACAAUCAUAUAAUUCAGGUGGAAAGUGUGGACGAUGGGCCGUUCGACAAUGGCUGCAGUGAUGAGGAGAACACCAAUGCUGAUCCUCAAAGCCAGGCGGCUCUUUCUCUGCCCCAUCUGGCCAAAGCUCAAACUUGCUAUGGCUUUUGUACAUUGCUGGAAAGUCCCCACACCAGGAGAAAGGAGUCCCUCUUCCACAACGAUCCCAAUUCCAAUGGAAUCCCCCUGGUUUUUCCCAGGAGUAGAUCAAGCACUUACUCCAAAUCUUCCCUGUCCAGUACCGUCCUGUCCUCUUCCACAUCCCCUUCGUCUUUUAGCCUGAACACUUUAACGUCCAGACUUUCUCCGAAAGGCUUCACCCUGCACCGACAGGGAACCCUGGACAGUGACACUACCUCCUCUGCUGAAUCUUCUCCGUUCAGUUCUCCUCUGCUGAACAGAUCCCCACCUAAACCUUCUCUCCUCAAAGCGCUCAGCCAUGAGAAACUACUCUACUGUAACCUCCGAAAAGCCGCAAUGUCCAGAAACAACUCCCUCUCAACGGAUGAGGGCAGUUCAACGGACACCAGCCCCAACAUCAUGAGAAGAGCAUCCGAAGGCCUUGUAGAACCUCUCCCCUGUGGUUUCGGCUUGGCACCUCCUGCUAUCUUCCCCAUGGACUUGGUUCUGCACCGGGAAAGAGUUAUGAAGGAGAAUUUGGUUCCAGUAGGGAGGGAUGGAACCUUGCGACUGUCGGCAGAGUACUGUCCCGAGAACCAAAGACUGCGCGUGCGGCUUAUAAGCACUGAAGGCCUGUACGCCUUGUCUGUGGAUCCCAAGAGCAUUAACUGCAGCGUGAGCUUAUCUCUUAUGCCUGGAAAAAUUCAGAAACAGAGAAGCACGGUCAUCAGGAAGAGUCGCAAUCCGAUCUUCAACGAGGACUUUUUCUUUGAUGGUAUAACGGAGGACGAUCUGUGCCAGAGGUCACUCCGAUUCAAAGUGGUUAACAAGAUGUCCACCAUGAAAAGAGACUAUAUUUUGGGAAACUGUGAUCUUCCGCUUACUAGCAUAGUUACCUUAUAAAUCAGAAUGUGUUUUAUAAUUUAUUAUGAGUGCAUGUAUAUUUGUACAGUGUAAUAAAUAAGAUGUUAUUUUUUCAAAAAUGUGUUUAUUUGCCAAAGAUUUGUUUUGUAUUAAAAUGCUUAA